UUUUUUUUUUUUGACAGUGGGUAAAAUGUGUUACAAAGGUCAAACUACCCAUACUUCCUACAAUUAACGUAACUCUCUUUGAAAGGGAGUACAAAUAACUUUUUCAAAACAUAUAAAGUACGGAAUAUAUGCAAGAAUGCAAUUAAUAUUUCCAUAGUGUGGACUCAUUUAGUAUCUGCCCGUUGUUGGAUAGCCAAUUAGACUAUUUUAAUUAUAUAUAGAUAUAUAUAUAAAAAAAAAAUACAAAAAAAAAAAAUACAAAAAAAAAAAUACAAAAAUAAAAUAAAAUUCGAUUAUAUAAUACGUAGUAUAUAUUAUAGAGAGUAUGAUGAUGAUCCAUGGUUCCCUAGUUGACAACGUCCUCAGUUCCAACCCACAAAAGUCCACGACCAUUAUAACGUGUAGAGUAUUUUGACCGCCAUUAAUGUCGACGUAUCAACAAUUCAACAUAUAUUUAUUCAGAGCUAAUUAUCUUCCAAUACAAUAUUUUUAAUCCCCUAAUAAUUAAGACCAAUGUAAGAAAUAAAAAAAUAUUAAGAAAAGUCUCAAAGUUAGUCAAAGUUGUAUUAACAAAUACAUAAAAAGUAACACACGAUUAUACAAAAUUCAUACAUGAAAGGAUAUAUAUAGUUCCGUUACAAGUCUAAACUCACUUGUAUAUCCACACUAUCACUAACCAAAAAAGUCAUAACGACUGUCGUAAAUUUUUAGAGAGAGAAAGUGAGGAAUUCGAGGAAAGAAAUGGCGAACCAGUUGGGAAAUCUAAUGGAGACGAUAAAAUCGAAGGUGAAUGCAUUGAAGAAGAGGAAGAAGUCAAAGAAGCCUUACUUGAAGAUGGAUAAAAGUGCGAGUGUUAAGGUGGAAAUUCGCAGUAGAAAGGCUCGUCAACUUAUUGAUAAGACGCUUAAAGCCGCUGAUCAACCCAGCAAGUUAAGCCUAUAAUUUUGUUUAGUGGUGUUAUUUAUCGAUCAUAAUUCAUAUUAUAUGAUGUCGUUAGGGGUGGGACUUCGGUCUGGCGGUUCGGUUUGACCUCGGUUUGAGUCGGUUUCGGUUUGGAGCGGUUCGGAUUGAAACGGUUUAGUUUAGCUGUCGGAUCGGUUUGGUUCGGUUUGGGUUAGUCACGGCUCGGUUUGGUUUCGGUUUAUUUCUUUGCGGUUUAAAUUCGG